AUGUGGGAGAUCAUCUCAAAUGGAGACUUCUCUUUCAUGAAGAAAAAUGACAAGAAUGAAGAUAUUCUAAAGACAAGAACGGAGCUAUCAAUGAGCAAAAAAUGGUUACUACAACUCAAUUUUAAAGCAAAACAUUAUCUUUACUGUGCCUUGAGUGAUGAUGAAUACAAUCGCAUUUGUGGAUGUGAAACCGUAAAAAAAAUAUGGGAUAAGCUUCAAGUCACAUAUGAAGGUACAUCUCAAGAUAAACAUUUUAAAAUAUGCAUGUUAAUUAAAGAAUAUGAGAUGUUCAAAAUGAAUGAAGGUGAAGUAAUCACAUCUAUGAUCACUCGAUUGACACACAUUAUAAACAACUUAAGAGCACUCGAUAAAACUUAUUCAAUGGAAGAUUAUGUACAAAAUGUUCUCCAAUCUUUACCUGAGUCAUGGCCUGAAAAAUCAAUAGCCAUUGAAGAAGCAAAAGAUCUAAAGAAGUCUAAGAAAGAAAUAGGUAUUGCCUUAAAAUCAUCUAGUUCUUCUCACAAAGACAUGUUAGAAGAAGAUGAAGAUAGUGAGGAUGAUACAACUUUUUUCAUAAUGAAACUUAAGAAACUCUUAGUUAAGAGACGUCAACUUGGUAAGCAAAUUGGAAGAAAAAAGUCAAGAAAUAAUGAUAGCACUAAAUGCUACAAUUGUAAUAAGACUAGGCAGGAAAUGAUAAAUUGCCCUUUAAACCAAAACAAAGAGAAUUUUCAAAAAGGAGAUUACAAUGCCAUGAAUGUUGCUGCUUGGGAUGAAAUUGAUGGACUAGCCACUGAUGAUGAAAUAGAGGAAGAAGCACAUAUUUGCUUCAUGGAUUACGAACAAGAGGAGGUAAGUUCUGAUGAUGAUGAUUAUACUUAUGAUGAAUUAGCAAUUAAAUGCACUGAAUUAUUCAAUGAAUUAGUUUUUGUCAAAAGAAGGAACAAAAAUCUUGAAGAAAAACGUUCAAAAUGUUCACUGGAACAAGGGAUUGAUGCACGCUUCAGCUCAUUGGAACAUGGAAUUACCACAUGCUUCAAUAAUCUCGAACAUGGGGUCACUACUUGUCUUGACAACAUAAAAUCUAGUCUUAAUAGGUUGUUUGAGCUUUUCAGGUCGAAAGAUUAG